AUGAGUUCCUCACCUGUCAAGCCUGUCGAGGAGACAGGAGCCGGCGAACCAACUCUGCCUCCUCUCUCCUCCGCCGCUUCCACAGCAUCUAAGAAACGUCCAGCUUCUUUGCUGCCACCUUUCGAGCUGUCCUCCUCGCCCGGCCUCCCUAAACCUUCAAAGAGAGGGGCUCGAGAAGGCCCUGAUGGCCCGACUCCUUUUUUCAAAUAUCCAACUCCGAUUCCCACCUCGAGUACUGGUAUCCUCUCUUCCUCCCCUUUGCGCCACCAACACUCGAGGCCCGGCCUGGUACGCACACAGUCCACCGUCUCGGAACGUGCGCCCCUGUCCGCCGUUCCCUCACUCGAGCUCAACGAAAAUGGAGAUAUGCUUUACAUGGGUCGGUCCAGCAACUCCUCUCACUACCAAUUGUCCGCGAACCGACUCAUAUCACGCAUUCAUGUCAAGGCUCGCUAUAUCCCCGCCGCCUCGCCCCUCGAACCCAAUAGAGUAGAGAUUGAAUGCAAUGGCUGGAAUGGCUUGAAGCUGCACUGUCAAGGCAGAACAUGGGAUUUGGGAAAGGGGGAUACUUUUACCUCGGAGACUGAGGAUACCGAUAUCAUGAUUGACGUGCAGGACGCGAGAGUCAUGGUGCAAUGGCCACAGAAGAUCCACCGUACCUCGAUAGCUGACCUUUCCGACUCAACAUGGGAUGACUCGCCUCGCUCACGACGACGUGCCUCCGUCCCUGCACCAGAUUCAGUGCAGUCGAGCCCCCUCCGCCGUCAUGCUCGGAUUCAAUCACCCGUAUCUCCCACGCCUGCUAGCAGAUCAUCGUCUAGCCUGAAUAGUUUGCUAGCACUUGAUACGACCGAACCGGUCGCGAUAUAUGAGGAUGCAAGCGCUGACGAGCAGGACCUACCUAAGCCGCUGCCUGAUGUAAAUGUUUCUUUUGCCGAGACUGAAAAGACGAAUAGCUUUUCAAGUGACCUCAGUGACCUAGAUGAUGAAAAUGAGCCCGACGAAGAGAACGACCCAUUUAUAUUCUCGUUUGGCGAGUUUGGUCAUAACCUCUCGAACCGACUUGCCGCCAUCGCAGCGGGGUCGCCGAAGCAAUUAUCUCGCGCCGAAUCGGGUCGCUCAACAACCAAGCCCUCAGCCGAGCCAGAAGAAGAAGAAGAGACUUUCCAUCCUAACACGGAUGUUGAAGUGGUUAGAAAUCACGUUGUAAACCAGCUCGCAUUUUCUCGACUGUCGUCGAACCCGCUCACCACAAUCAUGAACAAUCUUCCAGCGGAAGAGAAGAAAGACUUGUCCAAAUUAGCACUGCGACGAAUCAUCGAAGGCACGGGGUGCGUUGGCAUUAUCACCCGAACGGGGAAAGAUGCAGCCGGCAAGGCCUUGGAGAGCGAAUACUACUACGUGCCAGAACAUGACACGGACGAGUCGCGCCGUGUUGCUGUGACAGAUGGCUUGCGAAAACCGAGUUUACGAGCCUGUAGGAAACAACACAAGCAAUACUACUGGAAGCGUCCCAAAACACCAUGA